CAAACUAGAAUACAAUGAAGAUAAUCUCAACAGAGAGGGCAUCUGAAGGCGGCUCUGAACAUUCUGAUUCCUUCCAAUUCGAUUUAACAUUCGAAUUCGACGCUCCCACAUGGGCUGAUAUAGCCGCUGAAGUAGAUGGGACGGGCUAUGAUGCCGAUGUCGACGAUGCAUGGUUCCGAGUCAACCAUCCACUGCACGAGCCUGUGAAUGGGCCUGCCAAACAGGCACCGUUGUUGGUGGGCUCUGCGCACUCUGACAAUGAGGUGGCGUCAACUGCUGGCGCAUCCAAGCCAAGCGUGUGUGACUCCAUCAAACUCAGGAACAAGCAGAUAACCAAAAGCAGGGCCUCCGAUAACAGCCUGGAGGAACUGGCUCAGCGAUUCCUGGACAUGUCGCGCAAAGAGAAGCAAGACACGCGUGCAUGCUCACAUCCGUCACUCGGUGACUUACCAGACGCCCACACCACCGAUGAUCACAACGUCAGCGAGGCCAAGGAGAGUGCAGCCAACACCGAGUUCAUUUUGAACGACCAUGCCGGCGACAAUGGGGAACAUGGGGGUGAACAUGUGUCUGACAGGCACAGGGCACAGGCACGGCCAGAUGAUGUGUUAUCAGAAGACAAAGACACACGUACAGACAUCGUCGCGGAGGCGCUGGCACCUGGGGCAAAGGUUGCAGAGGUACACCCACUGAGAGAUGCGCAGGAGGACGGGCUCGACCGUGAAGAAGCCUAUGAUUGUCUCGAGCGGCAUGCACAUGAGACCGGGGGUCCGGGAAAUGGUACCGAACAUCCCGUUAGUUUGCCCUGUGUGGAUGAUUCGGAAGAGGAAGGUGAGCCCGAUACUGGAGCUAAAAAGGACAGCCAUGCGGUGUACAAUCCCCCUGCACGACACCAUGGUGAUUUGUUGGACAACGAUGAGGAUGAUGAAGAUGGUACCAAGUCGGCUGGGAUUACUGAGCGCAGCCAAAUGGCGAAUCAAAACACCGGCCAUGGCACUGUAGACGUGAGCGAUAGCGAAGCUUGUGCUAAUAUAUCGCGGUAUUCGGAUGUAGAUUUGCAACACUCGGACGAUUUCGACAACGGUGAGCAUGUCGUAUAUUCCGAUAAUGAUGAGUAUCAUCGAGCUGGCAAAUUCGAUGAAUUGUCACAGCAGUCCGAUGUGUCCUUUGCGCACAAUUCGGACCUUGACGGUCCUUUUGAAGGACUAGAGGGCAGCGCGCCAGCAACCUUUGCGUACGAUUCGGACUUCGACGCACAUCAAGGGUUAGAGAGCAACGUAUCAGCGCGUGAGUGUGAGAGUGAGCAGGAGGAGAGUGAAGAGGAAGAUGAGGAUCUGAUGCUGCUGUGUGCCGAGCACAACACGCGGAUAGGCAAGCCGGAAGACGGGGAUGACCUUAUACUGGCCUUUGCCGAACACAACAGACGCGUGGCCGGCCAUGACCAUACCGACGAGCAUGCAGGAACUCGCGAUGCUCUAACAGAUCCGCGUGACGGUGAUGCGGUGCAAUACGCACCCACGCGUGGCUCUGGUUUCGAGCAUGGGCACGGCGCCGAUGAUACAGACAGCAAUGAUGAUUCGAUGCUACGGCUGAGUGAUGUGAAUGCCAUACCCGGGCGACCGUGCAGGGGAGUGUCAGGCCAGGGCCAGAGCCAUGUGGCGAUGGAACAUUCCCAUACAGUCCUAGAAGACCACAGGCACACGGGUGAUACUCACGCUAGUGUGCAGGUGAGUACCCAAGCGCUUCGAGAGGUCCACAUACACACAGGCACACAGGCAGGUAGGCGGAAUCAUAUAGGCGCGCGUUCGCCGCCCAGAGCGGUGCGUGGGGCGGUGAACUGUGUGACAGCAACACAUACGCCGCAGAAGCUCAUGGACCAAAGGUCUGAGCAGGGGCCUACUGCGGCACCCACCCACACACAGCUCACCACGAGCGUACCACCUAUCAACACGGCAUACACGCACAUGCACAUAACACACACACAUACACAGACACAGACACAUACGCAUACUCAGGCGGAUGUGGAAGGUACCGUGAGGAGCAGUACAGAGCGGCGUGGGGCGUCAUCGGUUGUUGGUGGUGAGCAGAACGGUGCGGAGAUUGAGGGCUUUGCGCAGACUGUGGCGGUUGCUGCAGCCGAGGUGAUCACAUACGUACCCCGGCGCAAGAAGAAGUCCAUCUCAGCCAAGCGAAAGAAACAUGUGGACACGGCCGCUCAAGCGACGGCCAGAACGAACGGUAAACAGUCAGGCACACACGCACCACAUGGGCGGGAUGCAGACGUGAACGUGCAUGCGCUACCAGAAAAGGUGUCACAAGCGAUAUCAGCAACGCACUCCCUCAGUCCGAUUGGGCCAGGGACACGGUCACGUGCACUGCCUCUGACUCCCAGUCAGUCGUCUGACGAGCGGUUUAUGCAAAGCGGACAGCCUCUGGCGCCGUUAGCGUCCAACCCAGCUGCGACAGUGGAGAACUCGUCUCGCGUGCAGACAGCUACCACUCCGACGGACCAAUACUCGACCGCACACGCUGCUACAGCAUCACACACACUCAACAGCACUACUAUAACGAACCAGUUGUCAUCCAGCCACGCUAAUAUGGAGGCGUGUAGCGAUGCAAAUAGCACACACAGCUCCCUUGCACACAACAUGCUCUCCGCCGAGCGAGUCCGUCGACAGCUCCCUAUGUCUGUGCUCAGCACAGGGCUGGUGUGUCGCAAGAGACCCAAGAAACGACGCAUAGUGCGCUCGGCCGAUUCAGCCCAGGGUCUUGCGGACGCUCACCAAGCUCAGCCCCACUCAACACAGCACCGACUAUUCACACUGUCGCCCAAUAGAAGGACGGAUUUAAACAGUCUCAGCACGUCGCGAGCCAAUCAGAAUCUGGGACAUGAGGGCUGCAGUAGUGCACACAUUAACACGACAAUCAGUGCCGUCAAUGCGGACACGGCGCAUAUUCCAUACGCACCAAAUGACCUAGUCAAGAGAAAGCUACACUCCCCUGGGCGUGUGUCGCCUAUUCGGUCUGGCUCAGGAUUAUCCACGCGUGUAGAAAGUCAUGGUAUGCCCGCCUGUGCAGAGAGCGGGCGCGUAGACUACGGCAGCGCCCCCAAUAAGUCAAAUAGUAGUUCAAAUAUAACACACGCCGGUUACCAACAGACGGAUGCAGAGAAAUUGGUUGUACAACGGAGAAAGGUGGCUCUAAAGACAAAGCACAUGCCGUUGGUAUGGAACGAUACCGAUGAGAAGGCGUUACCAGCACCCUUGGCCGUAGCACGACGGGGGACUGGCGCCGCAGGCCGUGGUGUGGGGCGUGGUGGCCUGAACGGAGUUAGUAGAACGUCGAAUGUACACAGUUUAGGCCAUGCAACCACAGAACAACGGUCGAAUCAGAGCCAAAAGACAUCGACUGCACACGGUUGCGGUGCUAGCAAUGUUAUGGGAAAUAAGGAUGAGAAUGGGGUCAGCAGGGCAGCGAAUGCCCACAGUUAUAGUGCCAGCAAUAUAUUGAGAAAUAAUUCUGAAAAUGGGAUCAAUGGGGCUGCAAACGUACAAAGUUAUAGUGUUAGUAACGUAGUGAGAAUGAAUGAUGAGAAUGGGGUUAAUGAGGCAGCGAAUGUACACGGUUAUAGUGUUAGUAAUGUAAUGAGAAUUAAUGAUGAGAAUAGUGUCAGUGAGGCAGCGAAUGCCCAGAAUGGCCUUGGUCGUUCUUGUGCCAAUGUGAGAAGGACGGGGCUAAGCACACAAGCAUCGGAAAACGUAGAGCCAGUAUAUACGGCCGUGAAUGGGACGGCGCACCAGGGACAAGCGGAAAAACAGGUUAUAGGGGAGAUAAAGAUGUGUAGGGGUAAGAAAGCAGAUGGAGAAUUUGGUACCAAUGUGCAUGCGAGUGCGAGCAAGCUGCUGAAAGGAGCGGACGGAAAGGCAUUCGCAUUGGACUGGAAAGACCCUGCUCUAGGCUCUACGCAUAAGGCCAUUCGAGGACCUUUAAGUAUAAGUAAUAUCAAUGUAAAUAAUAUAAGUAAUAUCGAUGUCAAGAAGGAGUUGGCCAGGGCCAGGAGACCCAGCAACAAACGGAGGACUGUGUUGUGUGAUCGGAUGGAUAAUGCGAGAAACAGCAACGUCCAGGUGAUGGACGUGACUAGGAAGGCCAGGCUGGACUUUUGCUCCGGAGAGACGACGCCGACUCUGGCCCGCGCCGAGACCACCACGCGAGUAACAGAUUUCGUGACGGUCGCGCGUGUCAAACGGAGGUGACCUAAGGGUUAUAAGCGACACGCUAAUUUAUGUCGCAAAAUAUAGAUGACCAAAUUAACCGUCAAUACGCGGGUCUAUCGGAAGCAAGACUAAAAAUUCCGAGUAUUAUUACACAUCGAUGGAAAUCGCAAAAUAAAGAUGUCCAAUGCAAGGUCUUUGCUAAUUUGGUACAGUUCAAGC